CGAUUCUAGAAACUCUGAACUUCAUGAUUGUUUAGUUUACGAAUGAUGAUAAUUGAGUGUGUAGAAUUGUCAAACUAAUGUUACUUAUAAUUAUUUAAGGGAAGAAGACGAAGAUAUCGAAACAUAGAACUUUAUCGUUUUACUUUUAUUGAGAAAUUAUGACACCGAUGAGUGAUAGUAGUUCAUUACCUAAAACAAAAAAGCCAUCAGAUAGCGCAUUCAAACAGCAACGUUUACCUGCUUGGCAACCUAUUCUUACUGCUGGAACUGUUUUACCAACAUUUUUUGUAAUAGGAGUUGCAUUUAUACCAGUUGGAAUUGGAUUAUUAUACUUCUCUGAUAAAGUAAAAGAACAAACAAUAGAUUAUACCUAUUGUAAUUCUAAUAGUACUGAUGGUAAAAGAUGUAUAGAUAUAAUAGCGCAAAAUCCAAAAAAUGCUUGUUAUUGUGAAAUAAAUUUUGUAUUAUCUACGGAUUUUGACGGAGAAGUUUAUAUGUAUUAUGGCUUAACAAACUUCUAUCAGAAUCAUCGUCGAUAUGUUAAAUCUAGGGAUGAUAAUCAAUUAUUAGGAAUAUUAUCAGAUGAAGUAUCUGGUGAUUGUAAACCAUUUGCAUAUGAAGUUAAUGAACAUAAUAUUACCAAACCAAUAGUUCCAUGUGGAGCUAUAGCGAAUUCUCUCUUUAGUGAUGAAUUAACAUUACAUUCUGAAAGAAAUCGAAAAGAUGUACCAUUAUUAAAAACUGGCAUAGCAUGGCCUUCUGAUAAAAAUAUCAAAUUUAAAAAUCCAGAAGGUGAUUUAAGAGAAAUAUUUUCUUCCGAGAAAUUUGCUAAACCAAAAAAUUGGGAAAAACAUAUCUAUGACUUAGACCCACAUAAUGCAAGUAAUAAUGGAUUUCAAAAUGAAGAUCUCAUUGUAUGGAUGAGAACUGCUGCUUUACCAACAUUUAGAAAAUUAUACCGUAGGGUUGAUCAUUCUGUUGAAGGUUUUACUGAAGGCUUACUUGCAGGAAAUUAUACACUUAGAGUUAAAUAUUCAUAUUCAGUGUCUUCUUUUGAUGGUACCAAAAGAAUGAUUCUAAGCACAACGUCACUUUUGGGUGGAAAAAAUCCAUUUCUUGGUAUUGCGUACAUAGUGGUUGGAUGUAUUUGCUUAGUACUUGGAAUAGCAUUAUCAAUCAUACAUAUAAAAUAUUCCAAGAGCAAACUAAUGUAAAGACGACAACAAGAAAAUAUGUUUAAGGCACCAUAAUUGUUCUUCACAACUGAGAUGAUUGAUGUGAAUCCAACUACAGAAUAUCAGUAAGAGUAACUGGAUUUAAAAACAAUAUUUAUUGAAUUGUGUUGGGCUAACUACCUCUAUAAUGAGAUAUAAAUAUAUAAUUUUGUCAUAUCUGGUCCUGCAGUUAAAAGAAACAUUACAGUUUUAGAAUAGUAAAAAAAAUUGAUUUUUAUAAAAGUUAAGAUGUUAUAAAUUACUUUAUAUUAGUAACAACGAAAAGGUGUAAUUAAUGAAAACACAUUUUUGUGUACAUCAAUUAUUAUCACUAAUACUACACGAAAUAGUUAUUUUGUAUUAUAUGUUAUGAAUUUUAGAGAUUUAUAUAGAGAGUGUUUUAUACCAAAUGCUACAUCAGAAUUAGUUUCUUCUUAAUAUUUUUAUUUAUUGAUGUAAUAUUUUAUUUUUAAGUUCUUCAUAUUUAAGUGAUACAUAUUUGUAUUAUUUUUGUCAGUAUUGCGAGUAAAUAAUACUAAGAUAUAACUAUUUGAAAGAUGUUCUAUAUAUAUAUAUACAUAUAUAUAUAUGUAACUCUAAGUAAAAUAACAAAAAGUAUAAGUGACAAAUUUUAUCCAAAGAACAUAGAUUUUAGAAGUAAAUUGUUUUCCUUCUGAUUUAAGAUCUUAUUCCAAUCAAUAAUAAUCUUAAAAAUUUAUAAAGUUGCAAUAAUGCAAUUUUUCCAUACCUAUAUAUUAUUUUCACAAAUAAUUAGUAGCAUAAAUAAUUGUUCAUAAGCAUUUUUAACUUGUACAAUUUCAAAUAUUAAAAAAAAUAGUAUGUGCCUUAUCUAUAGAAGAAACUAUUGAAUUUAGCGUCUUAUUUAUGUCUUUGAAUCUAAACAAAGACACGAUUACUAUUCUAAAUAAACGAAUCUUUAGUAUUAAUUGAAAGUAUGUCUUUAUUGUCAUUAUAAUAAACUCACAAGUUCGUGCUUUAAUGUACUUAUGCAGAUAUAAAAAUACAAGCAUUAAUAAAUUUUCUAAAUGUAA